AUGCCUUUGGAAAAUCAAGACGAUAAAAGAAGCUGGUACUUCAGGCAUGCGCUCAUUAAUCUCAUUUACAUCUCACUUUGGUACACGUUCGCAUUCAGCCUGUCUGUCUACAACAAGUGGAUCUUCUCCGUCAGCCAGUCCAGCUUCCCUUUCCCGCUAUUCAUGACCAGCUGGCACAUGCUCAUGCAGUGGAUCCUCUCCUUUAUCGGUCUGAAGAUAUUCCCCGCACUUAAAACGAACGAACCUAUGACACUAUUAGAUUAUAGCAAGAGAAUUAUACCUUGCGCUCUAGCUACAGCUUUAGACAUUGGCUUAAGCAACUUAUCACUUAAGUCGAUCACUCUCACUUUCUACACGAUGUGCAAGUCCUCUUCACUCAUCUGGGUCCUUUUCUUCGCUUUCCUGUUCAAAUUGGAGAGACCAUCGCUAUCAAUGGCUGUGAUUAUCGUCAUUAUAGCUAUCGGUGUGGUGUUGAUGGUCAGCGCUGAAACUUCUUUCGUCCUUUCUGGCGCUAUUCAAGUCAUGUCCGCUACAGCCGCGGGUGGUUUGCGUUGGUCUCUCACUCAAAUCCUUCUUCAGAAACAGAAGUAUGGACUGAAGAAUCCUCUCAUCAUUCUUUAUUUCCUCGCGCCUGUCAUGUUCGCAUGUCUAAUUCUACUCAGCGUCAUAUUUGAGAGUUGGUGGGAUAUCUUCCACAGUGAUUACUUCCAAUUUGGUGCACUCCACUCACUAAAAUCCUGCUUGAUGAUCAUCUCACCUGGUUUUCUCGCUUUCGGUAUGGUGCUAUCCGAGUUCAAGCUGAUAGAGCGCUCAUCUAUCAUCACCAUGUCUAUCGCAGGAAUAUUUAAGGAGCUUCUCACAAUAUUCAUUAGCUCGGCUAUUUUUGGUGACACUCUAACCCCAAUAAACGUGACAGGAAUGUGUAUCACUAUUUUGGGUAUUUGUGUCUACAACUACAUCAAAUACAAACAAGUCACAAGCUCCAACCAGCCAAUCGAUCCAUCGACAGGCAGAGUGAUGGAGUAUGACGAGCUAAACAUGCGCGAUCAAGCCGUAGAGAGUGGCUCGAAUGACGCUAUAUUCGAUAUAGGCGAGGCAGAUGAUGAUGACGAACGGGAGAGGUUGACCAGUACGCAGCAUAAAGCAUCAAAUUAA